GUUUAUUUAUAUCUGUACAAUUCCUUAACGGACAUGAGAACUUGUUUAUUCGACAAAGCAACAUAUGUACAUAUUAAUAAUCAAGAAUGCUUGACUAAUAAUUCUCCAUCUGUAUGGUGCCCAUUUUAUCGAAUAAGAUAUAUUAAUAAAGAUUUAACAAUGAGUUACGGUGGUAACUCAGCUACUUAAAUUCAAGCAAUCGUGAAUAACCUUGAUUUUUAGCAUUAUUACAAAAAUACAUGGUACACCUUUUCAGUACAUUGGGCGUGAUUUUUUUGUAGUUAAUAAUUGUCUGUAGCAAAUUUGUGCUAAAUUUUACUCAGCAAUGUACAUCAUACAUUUGUGAGACUGAAGGGAAGAUGGGUUCCUGCCAGAAAAGUAGUUCAUCCCACCAUUCCCAACUUGUAUUUGACGCAGCGUCGUUAAACUAUGACGAGGCCUCGACGUCCACCAGUUCACCAGGAAUUAUGUCCACAUUCGAGGACACGAUAUGUGCAUUCUGUGGUAUUCCUUUAAAACCUGGGGCUGGAGUCGUGUUAGAUAAAUGUCUGCAUAACUUUUGCAGGGAUUGUCUGCUUGGAGCAAUUGAAGUGACUGACGACGUUGCAACAACGGGAUGUCCAGUAGCGGAAGAAACUGGAUGUGACGGAUCCCUUCUGGAUAGGGAAGUUAAAGCGAUGCUCAGCCCUGAAGCUUAUGAAAAAUAUCUUACCCGAUCUCUCAACAUUGCUGUGCAACAAAUGAAUGAUUUUGUACAAUGUUUCAAUACACGGUGCAAUGCUCUCUUUGCUUUGCACGAUAGGAAUAAUACGUUUGAAUUUAAGUGUGGAAAGUGCUUCAGGUUAAACUGUUUGAAAUGCAAGACUUUGCGAGAUGAUGUUGGACAAUGUGAGUGCAUUAAUCCACCUGAUCGAAAAAUUGCAAAGAUUGAUCCCGAGUUGAAACGUGAUUGGGAUGAAAAAUGGAACCACGCACAGAGUUCAAUUAUUUUUUCUGGAGCAAAUGGUGGAGAGUUGAUCCAAAAUACGCGUGAAUUUCAGUGUAAUAUUUGCUUUUGUGAUAUUGGAUCGGGAGAGGGUGUUAUUCUGAAGGAAUGUUUCCAUUUAUUUUGCAAGGAUUGUCUGAAUGGCACAAUUAUGCACUGUGAAGAUCUUCGGGUAAAAUGCCCUUACACUGUGAACGAAUUCAUGUGCAACUCAUUCCUUACAAGCGGUGAAAUUAAAGCACUGCUGGGUCAAGAGGAGCACGAGAAAUUUUUGAAGAGAUCCGUGGUCCAGGCAGAAAUGGCAAUGUCAAAUUCCUUUCACUGUAAAAGUGUCAAUUGUCCAGGAUGGUGUGAGAUCGACAAUGAAGUUGGAAUUGCAGACCUGGAACAUUUCUUUUGUCCAGUGUGCAAAAGAAAGAAUUGCUUGAAAUGUAAAGCUAUUCACGAAGCUGUGUCGUGCACGGAAUACCAGCAGCAAUUACAGGAAGAUGAAAUGGAUACGAAAACUAAACAAAUGAUUAAGGCAAAAAUUACUUCUGGACAAGCAAUGAAGUGUCCAACAUGUAAAGUAAUCAUUGAAAAGGUUUCUGGAUGCGAUGCCGUCAUUUGCCAAAUGUGCAAGACACAUAUUUGUUGGGCCACCAAGGGUCCUCGCUGGGGACCUCGAGGAAUAGGCGACAAGUCGGGAGGGUGUCAUUGCAGAGAAAAGGGAAAAGUUUGCCACCCAAAGUGUAGGAACUGCCAUUAAUAAAUACAAAUGAUCCUCGUCUAAAUUAUGUUUACAAAAUAAUUUACGUAUUUAUAUUUAAAAUGAACUAAAACUUGCUCAAUAUUGUAUCAGGACAGAUUCAUGCCAUAAUAAAUAUCAAACGCACAUGCAAUCCAUAGCAUGUACAUAUA